CACUUAAUCACUUCCCCCAAACACUUGCGAUUGCUAGCGCGACAUGCCUGGAUCAUCCCUGUGGCUCCUCCCGCCGGAUUCACAUCCGUUGAAUGAGAGGCUGGCAUCCCUCAUCAACAGCACAGCCUCACAUUUCAACUCAACGGAUCUCUUCGUCCCUCACGUCACGUUAACGUCUGACUUGGUAAACUUGUCAAGCUACGGCUCUGAGCCACAGACAUGGAUUGACUCUUUGGACCUUCCGGGUGGUGGAGAUGUGAAGAUCGAGUUCGAGGAGCUCAACAGCGAGGAUGUCUACUUCCGCAAGCUCUACAUCAAGUGCCAGAAAACAGAGGGAUUGAAAGCGCUAGCAAAAGCCUGCAGGAAACAGGUUUCUGAUCACGAGGACGAGGGCAUAGCCAGGAAGUGGGCGGAAGAGACGUACAACCCGCAUGUCAGCCUGCUAUAUCAUAACUGUCCACGGGUCGACGCAACCGGCCUCGAAGAGACGGUCAAACUCGCACAAGAGGCAGGUGUUGAUCUUGUCAACCGAAGUGAGGGUUCGUCUUGGACGGGAGGUCGUGUGGUACUCGUUGCAACCGAGAAACCAACUUCAGAGUGGAAGCCCAUUGCCCAGAGAGUGCUCUGAUGCGUCAUUAUUGAAGUGCUGAGUUCAGUAGAUUUGUCACAGUCAGUUAUUGCAACAUCGUACUACGGAAUUCUGCUAGCCGCCUGAGGCAGUCGGUACUUCGAUGGUACGAGCCGCCUGAGGCAGCUGUGGCUGGAGCAGUGGACCCUUUGAGCUGCCGCACGUCCAUUGUGUUGAAGCUAGGGUAGACCAGACGUCAUUGAGGGGUAUUUCUGAUCAACGAAGAACGGGUGACUACAGCGUUAGCCCUUGUGCGAUGGUGGGAGACAUUGGUUGACGAAAUAGGUAUGAGGUAUGAUUUCACGAUGACUGCAGAGAAGUCAGUCAGAUUCGACGAAUAGCACGAUGCGUAAGAUCACUCAUGGUUAUUGGCUGUGAAGGAUUUAUUUCGCAUUGCUGUACACUAAGAUGUGGUAUCUACAUGCUCGUGGCUCAUCAAAACGUCAAAAGAAAA